AUGGAAGAGGAGAGUGGGAGCAGGAGGGCUGAGGAGAUGGGGUCAAAUGUGAAGGAGGGGUCUGUGCAGCAGCCUGUGGUUGACACAGUGUGGAAUGAGGAUGAUGAUGAUAAUGAUGAGGUGUCUGAAGCUGUAGGCAAUAUAAAGUUCAGCUUGGACAACUACCAUCUGACUCAGACCAUGAUCCACACCAUUGAAGUGAUCAACAGGGAUGACAAUUUUCUCCCAAAUGUAACAUUAGGGUUCCAGAUGUAUGACACCUGUAAUAUACCACAUUAUGAAUUACAAGGAGCGUUACAAUUCCUGACUGAGUUCACCACGAUCACCUCCAGCAGCCAGUGUAGUUCUCGGCCAUCUUUCCCUGCCAUUAUUGGAUCCAUAAUUUCUGCAAACUCAAUCAUCUUGGCUCAUGUUCUGGGAGCUUUCAGAUACCCACAGGUCAGUCCAUAUUCAAGCGCCUCUUUACUGAGUAACCAGAAAAUGUUUCCAUCUUUCUUCAGGACUGCUCCAAGCGAUAAACUCCAGUCUAUUGGACUGGCUUGGCUAAUUUUAAGCUUUGGUUGGACCUGGAUUGGUCUUCUAGCAACCGACAAUGAUUAUGGUCUUCUGGGAAUUCAGCCAAUAAAGCACGAGAUAAUAAAGGCUGGAGCAUUUCCUGUUGCAAAUGAAAUGUUGAAACAGAACAUCACAGGGAGGAUUUUUAUUGGAAAUGCCGGUUGGGUCAGGACCAUAUUACUAUCAACAAGAAAUUAUUUUCACAUAUUUUCUGGCACUCUUGGCUUUGCCGCUACUGAGUAUGUGGUUCCAGGAUUAAGCCAGUAUCUCAGCAAGAUACGUCCUCCUCAGUCUAUGGAGGGGACCUGGGUGAACUUUUACUGGGAGAAAGUUUUCAGCUGCAAAUUUCUGUAUGGGACAAACCUUACUGGGCAUUUGGAGGCCCCAUUGAAAGAAUGUACAGGAGAGGAGAGGUUAGAUGACGUCAGCAGCAGCUCCACCUAUAUCAGCAGCUUAAAAUAUUCUUAUUACACUUAUUCAUCUGUGAUGGUUUUGGCUAAAGCUUUAGAUGAUCUGAGAAGCUGCAAGGCGGGUGAUGGUCCAUUUUCCCAUGGAACCUGUUCAAACUUUUUGAAUUUCAAACCAUGGCAGCUCACACACUAUAUCAGGAAAGUCAGACUCACACUUAGUGGUGGUAAUAACAUUUUCUUUGAUAAGAAUGGAAACCCACCUUUUGUCUAUAGUAUUGUGAACUGGCAACUGAGUCCUGAAGGGCCUGUAAAGCAAAUUCAGAUUGGCAAUUAUAAUUCUUCUGCACUUCCUGAUGAAGCUCUGACCAUCAAUUCAAGUCUGUUGCUGUGGCCAAUGGGGAAUCAGCAGGUCCCUCGCUCGGCCUGCAGUGAGAGCUGUCCUCUAGGAUACAGGAAAUCUGCUAGAUCAGGACACCCCGUCUGCUGCUAUGACUGUGUCCAAUGUCUACAAGGAGAAAUAUCUAACCAGACAGAUUCAACUAAUUGCAUCAGGUGUCCUUGGGAUAGGUGGCCAAAUCCAGAGAAAUCCAGAUGUCUCCAAAAAUCCAUAGAGUUUCUUUCCUAUGAAGAUACUUUGGGAGAAAAUUUAGCUACAAUCAGCAUAAUAUCCUCACUUAUUCCUGCUCUUAUUUUGAGGCUUUUCAUCCUGCAUAGACAUACGCCUGUAGUGAAAGCCAAUAAUUACUCUCUAAGUUGUCUUCUGCUGAUGUCUCUGUGUCUCUGCUUCCUGUGCUCUUUAGUAUUUAUAGGUUACCCCCACCACCAGACGUGUCUCCUGCGUCAGGUCCUAUUUGGCCUGGCCUUCACUUUGUGCAUCUCAAGCAUUUUGGCUAAGACUAUCCUGGUGGUGCUUGCUUUUAUGGCCACUAGACCCGGCAGCAAUCUGAGGAACUGGAUGCGCCCCCAAGUGUCCUACAUGAUUAUUUUUACCUGUUUCCUGUUACAACUCAUCUUGUGCAUCACCUGGUUGUCCAUAGCUUCUCCAUUCCCACAAUAUAAUACUCUAACCAAACCUGGACUCAUCAUUGCUGAGUGUAAUGAGGGCUCCCCUAUUGCCUUCUGGACCAUGCUGGGUUAUCUGUUCUUUCUGGCUACCAUUAGUUUUAUUGUUGCCUUCCUGGCUCGAAAUCUACCUGACAGGUUUAAUGAGGCCCAGUUUAUUACCUUCAGGAUGCUGGCCUUCCUCAGUGUCUGGGUGUCCUUUAUCCCGGCCUCCCUCAGUGCUCAGGGUAAAUACACUGUAGCCAUGGAAAUAUUUGCCAUCUUGGCUUCCAGUUGGGCUCUGGUGAUCUGUAUGUUUCUGCCCAAAUGUUUCAUUAUAGUGUUCAGACCAGAUCAAAACAUUCAACUUCUCAUAAUGAAAAUUAAAGACUGA